AAGAAAGUAAAGAACUAAAUAAAUAUUUUUUAUACGAAAAAAUUGCAAAAUGAAAAGUUUUAGUUUAUUUAUUGCAAUUAUAAUACAGUGUAUAACAUUGUUUGAUGUAACCUGGGGACAUGGUAUGAUGUUAAGUCCUCCAGGUAGAUCAUCUCGUUGGCGCUAUGACAAAUCAGCUCCAGUUAAUUAUAAUGAUAAUGCCAAUUACUGUGGAGGUUUUGGGGUACAAUGGCAUACAAACGGUGGUAAAUGUGGUUUAUGCGGAGACAAUUAUAAUGAUCCUACUCCUAGAGCCAAUGAAUUGGGUGGUAAAUAUGGUGGUUCCGGUGUGAUAGUGCAAACAUAUGAAAAUACCUAUACAGCUAAUGUGGGCGUUCGCAUAACCGCCAAUCAUUUGGGUUACAUUUAUUUCGAAUUAUGUAAUUUGGAUGAAUUCGGCACAGAAUCUGAGCAGUGUUUUGCCAAGAAUCGCCUAAAGUUUGCUGAUGGUAGUGAUGAAUUCCAUAUUGGCACCACUUUAGGCUUGAUCGAUUCCACAAUUGUUUUACCCUCGGGUUUAAGUUGUGAACACUGUGUUUUACGUUGGACUUAUCGUGCUGGAAAUAAUUGGGGUAUUUGUGAAAACGGCACUGGUGCACUAGGAUGUGGUCCCCAGGAAAAUUUCGUAUCCUGUGCAGAUAUUCGUAUUACAGCUCCCAAUGCAAGAUCCAAGUCAAUAACGUUGCCAAAAAAACAAAUUGAAAGUGGUGAAGAAUUAAAUGACGAGAUUCCUAUUGUGGUGGAUAUUUAAAACAAAAAGUCCUUGAAAAUAAUAAAUUUUAAUCAGUAUUACAUAUGUAAAUAUAUUAAAUUAGUUUUAAAAAAUAUACACAGUAAAUAUUAAAAAAAAAUAA